UGCUAUACAAAACAAUGCAAAAACCGAAGAUAAAUACGACCAAGAUCAUAAAGGACAACCCAACWUGUAACAUAGGCUAUAAUAAAGUGGGUUGUUUCAAGGACGACAGCAAACAGCCAAGACCAUUGAAAGAACGCUUAUUUGUUGACAGUCUAAACAGUGGUUAUGAAAUCGAUUGGGGUAGCUGGAAUGACUACAUGGUUGACUUAGUKUGCAGAUGUGCAGAAGUUGCCGCUGCAAAGAAACAUGACUAUUUUGGGAUUCAAAAUUUCGGAGAAUGCUGGGCUGGUGGAAACACAUACAAUCGAGUAGGACAGUCCAACGAAUGCCUGUCAGAUGACUAUGAAACGUGCCAAGAAGAUCCUAAAGCUAACAAACACAAUUGUGUUGGCAAAAAAGAUACAAACUACGUCUACAUGCUAAGAUUUAGAGGUUAG